UUUCUGAACGACGACGGCACAUAAAUGUCAUUGUCAAUAAAAGUCAAAAUAGAAAAUUAACCUAAUAGGUAGAUAUAAAUUAUUUUUAUUGCAAUCAAAAUAAACAGAAAAUAUGAGUGUAACUCUACGCCUAGGUUUAAUUAACAAAGUUGUGGCCCGAGCACUUAGCAGCACUGUUGUGUUGAGUACAAAAGAAUGGCGUGUAGCACGAGGUCUGCCAGUUAACCGCAAUGCUGAAGGGAUUCUUACCGACGGUCCGGACUAUACAUUGGACGGAAGACCAACACCGCUUCUGCACAAACAAAAGCUGAGGAUGUUACGACAGAGACAAUAUGCAGAACAAAUAGUACAACUUUUCGAACUGGACUUUGCAAAGGAAAGAUACCAGAAGAUGCAACUAGCGAAGGAACAAGAGAAACAACAGAUCUUAUCGGAUCGGCUGAAGCCCAAAGGAUCCGCUUUGUAUAGGAAAAAGUAAUAUGUUAGUAGUGUAUAUGAUAGUUAUAAAUAUAUGUAGUUGUAAUUGAA